CUGCUCUGCAACACUUCCUCCUGGCUCGCGCUCCUGUGUUUACAUGCAGCCUGCAGGAUGGAAAGCCCUGCGUGAAGAACACCUGCAGAUUAAGUCGUCGGACAGUGAUCUCCUCUGUGGUCGGAUUUCUGGCAAGCAGUCGACAUGCAGCACUCAGCCUUUGAAACGAGACACCCUCUGCAGGCAGAAGAACAGGAAACCGUUUAUGACCCUCUGCACAACUAUAACCAAAACCGAGCUCGAGACGUGCCAAACAGUGCUGCCGAGUCGACCUUUCAGUCCUACAGGAAAGAAUGGGAUGACUUGUUCCAGAACAGCAACUAUCUGGCUCGGAUCAGGCAUUCAGGCAUUAACGGCCAGUUAAGGAGCAGCCGAUUUCGUAGCAUAUGCUGGAAGCUCUACUUGGAUCUCCUGCCUGAGGAUAAGAGCCAGUGGAUUAAAAAGACCAAGGAGCGCCGAGCUCAGUACGAGCAGAUCAAAGAGAGGCACAUCACAAACCCACGCAAAGCUGCAGGCCAGCAGGACCUGGUGGUGAACAACCCGCUGUCUCAAGAUGAAGGGAGUUUGUGGAACAAGUUCUUCCAGGAUAAAGAGUUGCGGGGUAUGAUCAAGCAGGACGUGCUGAGAACGUUUCCAGAGAUGCAUUUUUUCCAAGAGGACGAUGUACGGACUAAACUGACGGAUAUUCUCUUUUGCUAUGCACGAGAAAAUGAGCAGUUACUCUAUAAACAGGGCAUGCAUGAGUUGUUGGCUCCUAUUGUAUUUGUUUUACACUCUGAUCAUCAGACAUUUCAACAUGCCAGUGAGACUGGCAGUCCCAGUGAGGAGAUGAAGGUGGUGCUGGAUCCAAAGUUUCAUGAGCAUGAUGCAUAUGCCAUGUUCUCACAACUCAUGGAAACAGCAGAGCCUUGGUUCUCCAGUUUUGAACGGGAGGUGCGCAAGGGAAAGGAAGAGAUGCUCACUAGCAUUCCUUUUGCCAGACCCCAGGACUCUGGCCCUUCUGUGGCCAUUGUGACCAAAGUAAACCGAAUUCAAGACCAGCUGGUAAAAAAGCAUGAUAUUGAACUGCACAUGCACCUGAAUCGCCUGGAGAUCGCACCUCAGAUAUACGGCAUUCGCUGGGUCCGCCUGUUAUUUGGCAGGGAGUUCCCUCUGCAGGACCUGCUGGUGGUGUGGGACGCUCUUCUCGCGGACAGCAUCACUCUGGACCUGGUGGAUUAUGUGUUUGUAGCCAUGCUGCUUUACAUCAGAGACGCACUGAUUGCCAGUAGCUUUCAGACGUGUCUUGGCCUGCUGAUGCACUACCCACCUAUUGGAGACAUUCACGCUCUUCUCCAGAAAGCACUGUUCCUCAGAGACCCAAAGAAUAAUCCCAGGCCGGUCAACUAUCAGUUCCAACAGAACCUUGACUACUACAAAAACCACGGCGCUGACUUUGUCGACAGGACACGCACUGUUGGCACCAAAGUGGCUCCCCUUAACAUCAAUAAGGUCUCCAGCUCUUUGCUUAGCUUCGGGAGGAAGCUCAUUGCCCCCAUGGGUGGUGGCUCCAGUGGUGUCUUGCCAGUCAACAGUGAAGUGCUGUCUUCUCCAUCUCCACAACUUCAGCCACCUCGGUCUUUAGCUGAGCAGCCAUCUAACACCGUGUCCUCUCGUCCACAAAUGCAUGUGACACAACAGCGUUUGCUGAAGUCUGAGAGCAUGCCUGUGCAUCUCAGUAAAGAUGUAGGUUCUCCUGGAGUAUCUCAGAUCUCUCUUCCCAGCCAGAUACUAUCUGACAUGCCAGGUCAGACCUCCAGGACCGUGAGCUCCUCACCGAGUAUUGAGAGUCUGUCAGGUGGGAGGGACCAGACCAUGUCAUCCCCGCCUCUUCCUGCCUCCAAGGGGUUGGAGUCGAGCACAUCAUCACCGCCUCUCUCAGCCACGAAGAAAGAUUUGUUCUUCAACAUCAGUCGUUCACGUUCUCACAGCAAGUCCAUCGGAAAAAAGGACCUGGAAGAGUUGGAGGCCCAAGUGUCCUUACUGCAGGGGCAGAUCAAUGAUCUGGAGGCCAUGAGUAAAUAUUGUGCCAAAAUGAUGAAUGUGCACAUCGGCAAGAUUCAGGAUGUGAUACUGCAGGAACAUCUGAACAAGGAGGAUGAGGUGCUGGUAUCACUUGCUGGACUGAAGCAGAUUAAGGACAUCUUAAAAGGUGCACUGCGCUUUAAUCAAAGUCAGCUGGAGGCUGAGGAGAACGAGGAGAUCACAAUAGCAGAUGAUCACUACUGCUCUACAGGUCAGAACACAGCUCAGCAGGAUGGAUCCACGACUGAAAUUGCUCAGCCAAGCCCUCAGCUGGAUGUCAGCCAGUUCUCUGAGCAAGAGAAAGAAAUGGAGACGCGGGAAAAGACAACUAUGCCAAGUGAGGGGGUACAUACCACAGAACCACAGAUUGCUGAGGGGAGGAACUGGGAUGACUACAUCCUGAUCUCCCAGGAUGGGGAUCUUCAUCAAACAGAGGGCGAGAUUGCUGUACCCUUCAAGCAGGGGCGGGGUUUCAGCAUGGCAGAGUUUCAGGACCCUCUUAUGGGAACCACAUCUGGAUCUUCCAGCCCAGAAGAUGGUAGCACUAACAGCAAGGACUCUGAUUUUAGCAUUGUUAACCCGGCUGAUAUUUGAACCCUGAAAUUAAUUCAGUCUCUCUGAUCUUUAUCUUUUGAACCUGUCUAAGAGGAUGAGACAUUCUGCUGGACUUUUGCACUUGUAAACUUGGGCUGAUGGCCUUCGGGGAUCCUUAAUCCCUUUAAACCCAGACCCCAUUUCAUCUCCUAUCUGUGUUCUCAUACGCCUGCAUUACUAAAUAUCAUCUGUCUCUACACCUGUAUCCUGUGACCCAAACCUUUUGUUUGCACAUCAGAUUUCGAUACCUAAUUACUGUAAUUUACUUUAAAACAUGAGUAAACCCAGUUUAUUUGACGACUCCUCGGACCACACCUCACAGACUUCGAGCCUGACUCCUAAUAGUGCUCAGAUCUUUAUCAGUACUCAAACUUGCUUGCUCGUUCUCUCCAUGUUGGCGUAAUGACUGAUAAAGAAGAGGGCGGUGGCAUACAUAAACCACGUGUCUUAAGUAAGCCAGAAAGAGGAAACGUGAUCGACAUGGACUUUGUCUCAGUAACCUUGGGGUUUUUUCCCCUUCUCUAACAUUGAUUGUUGUUUAUCCAGUGCCUCAGUACACGUCUGUUUAUGUUCUUCUGUUCCAAUGUUUCUUAAAUAAUUUUAACACAGAUUGCAAUGGAAGAUUUUGCUAAAUUGUUUUCCAUCUUUUUUUUUUUUUUAAUCCUUAAUGUGAACUGUACUCCCCCCCCCUUGUCUUUUGUUUAAGUUCUUUCAGCCCUCAAGGUCGCUAUAUGGCAUUGCACGUGUGGAAUCUUGGAAUGAUAUUAACUCCAGAAGAAUAAAUGGCAUUAUUGCUCUUGUCAAA